GAUGACAUGACAACGGCUGACGAGCACACAACGCGGAAAUGAGUGAAAGGGUUAUUUGUGAAAGUGUGCAGUUAAAGGAAAUGCCGUAAUGGCAGUUUUGGGUGUGUAGAUAGUGCUUUGAGAACCUGAGGAACAGCGGCAGAACCGAGGAAAGUGCGACCGUGCGUUGUGAACGGGUUAUGCGGCGAGUGAUUGGCUCUUCACUGAUAAUCCGCCACAUGCCAGCUCGUCCUGUGUGCCGGGCGGACUUUGCCUCCCUUUUGUUUCCACACUCGUCGACUCUGGACUCGUGUCGCAGUUCCAGAGGAAAUCUAGCGAGCGGAGCCUCGUCCCGGUUUUUUGAGAGGACUUUAUCCGGGAAAGACGCGAUGCAGGCGGGCCACAGGUUUGCUGAAAGUGCUCGGGGGGAUGAUGGAGCUGUGCAUGUUAAGGGCCCUCUGUGUAUAGGCGGGGUGGAGAGGGCAGCCCAGGAAGACCUGAAGGAGGAGAGCCUGAGAGUAGCGGCUCUCCGCGGAGCUAACGGGGACGAGGACUCAGAAGCGGAGUCGUACCGUGAUGGACGUACCGGGGAGGUGGACCGGGAGACCAAGGCUCGAGCCUUCGCCUGGUGCCGAGACUUCCUGUCCGGUUCGUGGAAGAGCAUCUCAGAGGCGGACUUUCAGAUCAGCAUCGUGAGUGGAGGACUCAGCAAUCUGCUCUACAAGUGCAGCUUGCCUGAUCACAUUAAGCCGGUUGGGGUCGAGCCUUCACGGGUGCUGCUCCGCAUCUAUGGGGCCAUUUUGCAGGGAGUGGACUCAUUGGUCUCGGAGAGCGUGAUGUUUGCCAUUCUAGCAGAGCGAGAGCUGGGACCUCGUCUCUAUGGCAUCUUCCCAGAGGGCCGUCUGGAGCAGUAUCUUCCUAGUAAGCGCUUGCACACAGAGCACCUGCAGGAUCCAGCCAUUUCAGCUGAAAUAGCCUGUAAGAUAGCACGAUUCCACCGUAUGGUCAUGCCCUUCAAUAAGGAGCCUAGAUGGCUGUUUGGGACCAUCGACAGGUACAUGGAACAAAUAAUGAAUAUUAAAUUUGUACGUGAAGCUCACAUCAAGAAGUUCAGAAAGCUGAUGAAGUAUGACCUUCCUGCUGAACUAGCAAGUCUGAGAGCACUGCUGGCAGCAACUCCGUCACCCGUGGUGUUCUGUCACAAUGAUGUACAGGAAGGGAACAUCUUGAUGUUGGAUGGCAGAGAUCAGAAUUCAUCUGAUAAGCUGAUGCUCAUAGACUUUGAGUACAGCAGCUACAAUUACAGGGGGUUUGACUUUGGGAAUCAUUUCUGUGAGUGGGUGUAUGACUACACUCAUGACCAGUGGCCCUUUUUUAAGGCAAACCUGGACAACUACCCAAACAGACAACAGCAGCUGCACUUCAUCAGAAGCUACCUGGCAGAAAGUGAAGAUACUGUACACAAAGACCAAGCCAAGGUUGAGGAGGAGAUGAUUACUGAAGCAAACAGGUAUGCCCUUGCCUCACAUUUCUUGUGGGGUCUGUGGUCGAUUAUUCAAGCCAGGAUCUCCAAGAUUGAGUUUGGAUACAUGGAUUAUGCCCAGCACAGGUUUGAUUCCUACUUCAAGCAGAAAAAACUCUUCAAAUGAACCAAGCUUUCCAGAAGGACCAUGUGCCUCUCAUACCUCUCUGUUUUUUUCCCUUUUUGUCUUUCCUUUCUUACUGAGUCCAGAAAGUGUGUUACAAACAUGAGAAUGCCACAAACGGUUCCUGUGUUGAAUGUGGGUUCAGAUGAUGUCGUACUGAUAAUUUAAUCUAAUCUAAGCAUUUCCUAUUGAAAUGAGUUACUCUUUUACUUGUUUGGAGCACAGGUCUCAGUGUACCACAGCCCUGGAGGUCACUGUAGAUAUGCCGUGAUAUAAUCUACCUUACACAUUUGACCCAAGACUAAGCACUUGUCAUCCUAUGUGUAUGCAAAAUCUCUUUAAAAUAUUUUUGUAAUUUACUGUAUAUUUAUUUUAAUACUUGUGAGCAUAAGUGUUAUGUGUGUUAGUAUAUGUGUUUUUUUAACUAUUGUUCUCUGAUUGCAUCCGUCCAAACUGUCCUUCAGUUCAGUAUAAACAGAAGGGUCCAUACUAGGUUUUGGAAUGUAUCUCCCAGUUUUAUGCACUGACGUAGGCCGGCUUUUCCUCACUUUCCUCUCUGAGCUUAAGAAGCACACUGCUGUAGUUGUGGACCAUGCACACAUUUCUUAUUUCAGUUAGCAUAUAUUUAACUGGAUACAUUGGGAAAGAAGCACAGUACUGCAAUUGCUUCUUUGUCAAAAAUGUUAAUUUGCUUCAUUUGGCCUUUUUUGCUCUAUUUGACUGUUCAUGUCCUUUGUAGCAUUAAAGACCUAUUUAGGAUUUUCUGAAACAGAACUGCUGUGGGACUGGCAGUUAACUUCUAGUUGGUUUACUAGCAGUACAGUGAAAACAUCCAUAUGGUACAUAGUAGUGGGAGGUUUUACAGUAAAGAAAGUCACAGCCGAAAUGGUUGUGGAAAUUGACCUUCCUGCUGGACCUCUAUAAACAGAGCUGCAGAUGGACCGGUGAUAUUGCUUUUACUCUUGCAGAUGUGUGUACCAGAUCAAAACAUCAUGGUUUUGCCUAAAACACACACAGUUGACUGUCUGCACAAGAACAUAUGGAAGACUGAAGGCAUGCAGUAUGAGAAUGCUUUGUUUACUGUCAACCCUUGUGGAACUUGAAUGAAUGGUUAAUAACAUUCAUAUAUUUUUAUAGCUCUUCAAUACCUUGAAUGUAACAGAUUGGCCUAUCUGCUUGCCUACGUUCAUGAAUGAAAAGCAUAUGUUAUUGUAGAUUGUUAGUGGCUUAGAUAGUGUCCAACUUCUUACUCAUGAUGUUAGCAAGCAUUUAAACAUUUGAUCAAGUUUCUGUUUGUGUGGUAUGUGUUUAUUUAUUGACCAUUUUUAAUUGCCCAAAGCAGAGCACUCUGUGAAAACCAAAUGUGAAAGCCAUUGAAUAACAUGUAACCAAAAAUACAAACAUGACCCAGAUGUCAAAAGAUGUUUAGAGGUGUAAUUAUGAAGAUCUCCUCCCUCUCCAUAUCAUGUGCUUGUUUUUAGAGGAUUCUUAGAGGGUGUUAGAUUGACAAAGGUUUGUGCACAUUUUAUGAUAUUUUAUGACAUUUUUUAAAUAUGUUAAACUAAAAUAGAAAACUAAAUAGAAACUGUACACUAUCAUUUGCAGAAUUAUGAAAUAUUUAAGUUUGUUCCCUGAAGAGGAUGUGCUAACUUAUCUUUGCUUAAAACAUCAACAGACCAGGGGUGGUCAGACUUUUGCAUACGAAUGUAUAAUAUGGUAUACUGAGAUCAAAUUCAUAUUAGGCGUAUUAUUCAGCCCUGCUGAUACUCUCAAUGGGCCUCUUUUUUCACUGACAAAAUGUCUGCAGUGCAUCCUGUUUUGAUCUCUCCCAUCAUUCAAAUGUCAUGGAUGGUGCAAAGGAACCAUACGAGUAUCGGGUUAGGUCCAGUUGUUGAAAGGCUUUGUGUCCACUGUCCAUUUCAAAAUGUUUUGCUUUGCCAUGUCUGGAUUCAGUUGUUGAGUCUGUUUUACUCUGUGUACUCAUGAAACAGCAGCCAUUUAAUCCUUAAUAAAAAUAAAAAAAAA